AUGACCGAUUCGAUCCGAUACUUGAACUUCUACGAGCUUGCGCUUCUUUCCAAAGCCGUUGGAACAGAGAAAGCGAGCAAAAUGGUGAUGAGUGAAACCCGAGGGCCGGUGGAAAUGGAGAUUGACGAAGAAACUGCGGAGAAAAUGAAGGUACUGCCUCGAUAUGAAUGGCUAACUGUCCCUCUUCCCGCCCCGAAGAAAACCUCAGACGAGAAGAAACAGAAACCAAAGACUGUCAAGAAAGGUUUCCUCAAGCCAUCCAAGCCACUUUUAGACGAGCAGAAGGAAAAACUCUUCGGAAAAGCACAAGAAAUCGAAGUCAACGAAGAAAAGACGGAGAAAAAUGAACAGUCGAAGAAGAACAAGUCAAAAAAGAAGCCAAACAAGGGGAAAGCCCCGAAUGCGAUCAGAAAGACGAAGAAACCCUCUCGCAUCUAA